UAUAAAAGACCAAGUAAACUCGGCUUCCUGUAAAUGCUGUGCUCACGAUGAGUCAAACGGACUCAAGCACGCGCAUUGCGCGCGUCUUCUGCGGCACAUUCGUGCACUCCACACCGAGCGCAGCGAUACAGAUUUUGGAAAACUGUGUGCUAGGAGUCAACGAUAAGGGGAAGAUUGCAUUUAUUGAUAAAGAUUCCAAUGUGGACAGCCUUUCAAAAACCUGGUUGUUUGACACCUCAGAAAUAAUAAAGCUUGGAAAAUAUGAGUUUUUUAUGCCAGGAAUGGUCGAUACACACAUCCAUGCAUCGCAGUAUAGCUACAGCGGAACCGCCUUAGAUUUGCCCCUUCUGGAUUGGCUUAACACUUACACUUUCCCUGUGGAGGCUCAGUAUGAAGACCUGGACUUUGCCAGCAAUGUCUACACCAAAGUGGUGAAACGAACAUUAAAAAAUGGAACCACCACGGCUUGUUACUUUGCCACGAUACACACAGAUGCCUCUCUUCUGCUUGGAGAGCUUGCAGAUAAGUUUGGCCAGAGAGCUUUAGUGGGCAAAGUCUGCAUGGACUGCAAUUCUGCAGUUCCUCAUUACAGGGAAGACCCAGACAAGUGUAAAGAGGAGACGGAUCGUUUCAUCAUUGAACUUCUGAAGAAAGAGUACCCGCAUGUUAGGCCUGUGGUCACUCCUCGCUUUGCUCUUUCCUGCUCCUCAUCACUGCUUAGUGAACUGGGUGAAAUCGCCAAUAACAACAAGCUUCACAUACAGAGUCACAUCAGUGAGAACAAGCAGGAGGUGGAUCUUGUGAAGAAACUGUUCCCAGACUGUAAAUCUUACACUGAUGUUUACCUCAAGCACAACCUGCUCACAGAUAAGACUGUAAUGGCCCAUGGCUGUUACCUAACCGAUGAAGAACUGGAGAUUUUCCAUGAAAAAGGAGUGGCAAUCUCCCACUGUCCAAACAGUAACAUUUCGAUUUGCAGUGGGCUGCUGAAUGUCCGUAAUGUUAUGAAACACAAUGUGAAAUUGGGUUUAGGGACAGACGUAGCAGGAGGUUACUCCCCAUCCAUUUUAGAUGCUAUUCGAAGGGCUCUGGACACAUCCAAAACCCUGACCAUCCAGGACCCUGAGCAUCAGACUCUAACUUUUGAGGAGGUGUUUAGACUGGCUACACUUGGUGGUAGUGAGGCCCUCUCAUUGUAUGAUCAAAUUGGGAACUUUGUGGUGGGGAAGGACUUUGAUGCCCUGCGAGUGAAUGUUUGCGUUCCUGGUGGACCAAUCGAUUUGUUUCCAGGAGAAGGCACCAAGGUCAUUCUGGAGAAGUUUUUGAAUUUAGGAGACGACCGAAAUAUUGCUGAGGUGUAUGUGGCUGGAAAACGGGUGGUUCCUUUUUUGCAUGAAUAGUUAUCAUGUUGUUGCCAUAAAUGUAAGGCCUAAAGGGGUUGUGUGUAGAUUAGGCUUUCAUAUCAAAGGUUCUGGAUUUUAUUGACACUUAUAGAUUUAUAUUAUUUGACUUAUCUGAGUUAUUUUAAAACAUCUCUCUUUAAAUUUGAUUUGUUACACACCUUUAUUGUCAUAUAUGUGAUUUUUGUUGAUUUAUGAUGGGGAAAAUGGGAUAAUACACAGCACUUAUAAUUUUAUUAUUCAACUAUAAAUCCCAAAGUAAUUACUUUGUAAAUGACAUUAUAAUGUUACUGUCUUCCAUUACUAUUGUUUGUGAUAAAAUAAUAACUGCACAUGCACAUUCACAAACACUCAUCUAGCUGUCAAACUCACCCGUUCUUUUACCGUCUAUGACAGCUGUUAAGAUCACAGCUCUUAGUGUUUACGCUCUUAGUGUUUACACUCUCCUUGGGCUCACCAAAUGCAAAAAGGUGUUAAUAGCAGCUAGUCUAAUAUACUGUAUGUGGGCAAACAAUCUGAAAUGUAUUUGUGACCCUGAACCACAAAACAAUACAUUGUAUGGGUCAAACAUGUAAUUUGUAAAUUUCCUACCAUAAAUAUAUAAAAAAAAUUCAUCAUAGUAAUAAUUUGCACUUAGUUGAUUACAGAUUUUUAAAUAAUUGUAUCUUUGCCAAAUAUGGUCCUAUCCUUACAAACCAUACAUCAAUGGAAAGCUCAAUUCAGUCUCAAUUUUAUUUAACUUUUAUUAAUGGUAGUUUUGUGGUACAGGAUCACAUCUGAGCAUUCAAGUUUCUUCAGUUCUUGUUAUGAUAAUAAUACUUUAGAACCACAUGAGGGCGCUAACACACUGCUUGUGUACUCUGCUGUACUGCACUCUCCUCUUAAUGAUGCAUUAAAGACAUUAAUCCCACGAA